AUGCUGAACGUCGCUAUAGACAAAUAUCACGUCUACAUCGGAUGCCUUCACAACUCCAUCGGGGAUGAGCAGCUUCUAACACUCGUCAAGUGCUUCAGCGACCACGUGCGGUCCUGCAAGGUGAUGCGUAAGCCCUCUACAGAAACGCAUCUCGGAUACGGCUUCGUGCAGUAUGAAGACCCGGCCUACGCAGACGAGGCUAUUGCCAAAAUGCAGAACCUUGUGGUGAAGGGCAUACCGCUCUACAUAAGGGCUGCAUACCCGUUCACCAGCACAACCAUCAACGACAAGGACGAAGAGGUGGCGAAGGACAUAAAGAACGCAACCGUCUACGUCAGCGAGCUCACCGCCACUGCUACAGACAACGACCUAAGGGCGUACGCAGAACCGUUCGGGGACGUGGAGCACAUCACGGUCAUCCCCAACAGGAGGUUCGGCUUCGUCACCUUCAGCCGGCGUGAGUACGCCCUGGGUUUCAUAUGCCACAUGGACGGCUGGCAGGUGGAGGACACCCUUAUCGCAUGCUCCUGGGCCUACCAGAGCAGGGUUGCCGCCAUGCCGGGGCAAUUCGAGUCGUCGGAGAACGAGAAGCAGGAUGCCCUCUUCGGGCAGCGGUACUCAUACGACCUCAUGCCAAAGAAGAAGUGA